AUGGUUGCUGCAUUGAAUUCAGCAAGAGUUAUGGAUAUUCUAAGUUCUCUGCCAUCACUCAAUAUAUCCCUUAUAACAGAGUGGCUCAAGUGGGAAAAUCUGAAGAGUUUCAUAGAUGGAAUCUUGAAGUUGCCACUAGUGAUUAGAGAUUUUAUAAUAAAAAUAUUUGAGAGAAUAAAAAAUUUAAUGAGUUUGCAAAAUCUCCAUUCAACUGUUGAAUGGCUUUUCACAUCUAUAAAGGAGAAAUUUGUCAAUUCAUUUGCAAAACUAAAGAACUUUUGGGAAAUAUAUGCAGAAUGGUUAAAAAAUAUUCAGGAAAAAAUCCACAAUGGGAUUAGUACUAUUAAAGAGAAAAUAGAAGUAUGUUUCCAGUAUGGAAAAGAUAUGGGAAUCAAGGCUUUCGAUGCUUGUAAAUUAUUUCUAAUCAAGCUUAAAAACAGAAUGUCAGGUAGGUAA